AUGGCACCCGCUGCCGCUCUCUCGACAGCGCCAGUCACCAAGCGUGUCCACGUCGGCGGUCUCGCACCCUCCGUCUCGCCAAAGGACCUCGUCCAGCGUUUCUCCUCGUUCGGGACUGUUGUCGGCGGAGAAACGGGCGUCGAGGGGCUGGGAAAGACCGAAACAGGUGUCCACCGCUCGUUCGCCUUCUUCUCGCUCGAGACGACCGAGGCCAAGUUUGCCCGAUGCAUGUCCAUGCUGAACGGCUCGAUGUGGAAGGCUCACAAGCUGCGGAUUGGACCCGCGAAGCCCGACUGGCGAACACGGCUCGCGAGCGAGCGCGAGGAGGCGCAGAAAGGAGGCGAGAACUCGACAGGCCGGCCAAAGAAGCGGAAGAAGGCUUCCAAGGACCCGAAUGUUGGCAAACUGGCGCCUCAGUUCGAGCUUGUUACGCCCGAGAACAUCGAACGGCACAGGGGCUGGGUUCUUGACCCGAAACCGACCCCGACUGCUCUCUUCCCUCUCAUCGCUCGCCCCUCACACCCCGUCGCACCCCCUCCCGAAGCUGCCAAGACCGCCUGGUCGCGCGGCACCGCCAAAGCGAAACCCUCGAAAGCCGCUCGCGCAUCACAGCGCGAAGGAUCGGCCGUUCGGCCUCCUCCGACGCGCAUACAGCGGAUGCGCAUCGAUCCUCGUCGUUGGGGACGGAAGCGGAUUGUCUUUGACGUCUUGCGGGCGACAGGGAAGGAUGUCGGGGCCCACAUGGUUGCUAUCGGGACGUGGGAGUGCGAGGAGCCGGAGGGGACGGCGCCUGGUGCGGAUCCUGAGGUUACGUGGGUGUUCAAGACGCGUGAUGGGCAGGUCAGGCGGCGAGAGACGGUCAGGUUGACGCAGCGGAGUGCCCCUUACACGGACCGCUUCACCGCCAUGCUCGAUCGGAUGAAUCAGUCUACCUCCGCCACUCUCGUCGCGAAGCCGGCUCCGACAUCAGCCGGUUCAGCUUCGCAGACUAGGACGACUCUCCCGACUACCGCCUCGCCUGCCGACCGGACCCGACCCCUUCCUCGCGAGCGCAGCGCCUCUCCCCCUCCCUACGUGCCCGCCGCCCCUCGCACCCUCAUUUACAAUGAAGAAGACGCCUUCCAGCUCAUGGCCACUUCGCUCGACGACACGGAGCGCGACGUCGCCCACGCUAUGGAGCGCGCUACGCUGCGCCAACUCGCACUCGGCGCUUUGGCGGAGAUCGUGCCAGACGCGGUCGAUGAGGUAAAUGCGGAGGCUACGGCGCCACCCGUCGUUGCCAAGGCGGAACUACUGCCGCAAGUCGAGGGCUUUGCGCGGGACGAGGACGACGACAGCGACUUGUUCGCGACGAUGCCUGCGCACACGACGCUUCGUCUGCGCGGCGGUGGGCCGUCGAGUGAAUCCGAGUCGGAUUCGGACAGCGAUUCGAGCAGCAGCGACGAAUCGAGCUCCUCUGAAGAGGAGAACGGGACGGAGGGGACGACCGUCGCCGCUGCGCCCACCCCAAACAGCAAGAGCGUUCUCUCGUCCAUAUUCAAGCCACAGGACGCGGCCACAGACGGCGGCGAGUCAGGCGGCUUCGCCCUCCUCGCCGGCAUGGACCUCGACCUCGAGCCCCUCGAACGGACGCCCUCCCCUCCUCCAGCUCCCGCCAUCUCGCUCCCGCCUCAAUCGCGCUUCGUCCCUCCCCCGACUCGCGAUGGCGGGUACCGAGGCGCACGCGGACCGGCCGGACAGGCUUUCAAGGGCCCGUCGCAGCCCUUCUUUGCUUUCCCGAGCGGAGCGUUCGAGGAUCGCGCGACGGGCGCACUCGACGAGGUCGAGGUGGCGAAGCUGGACGAUGCGAUGCGUCCGCGGCUGGAGAAGGCUGCGGAGGAGAGUCGCCAGCGCUUUGCGGAGGCAUCGAAGGACUUUUGGCGGCAUGAAAGCCAGGAACAUAUCGACGAGGAGCACCAGAAGCUGCGUGAGACCCUGCGCGGCUUUGCUCGGAAACGCCAUCGCGAGGCAGUCAAGCGGAGCAAGAAGACGGGUGGUCGUCGUGGCGCGGGUCCGAAGCUGGACAUCAUCGACGACGAGUAG